UGUGUGACUUGAUGUUCCGUGUUUAAAGUAUUCCUUUCCAUGUUUUCAGGUAUGAGAACCUGCUUGGUAUUCCUUUGCUUGCUGGCAGCAGUAUUUGCCCUGUCGGUGAAUAGUAAACCCCAUGGAAAACAUCAUGGAUUGCAUAAGACCUCCCACAAAGUCAAAGAAAAGGACCUUAUCUCCGAGGAGGCCGACGAGCCACAGAUCUUUCCCACUCUAGUCACGUUUGAGGUCGGCAGUCAAGAGCAGGAAGACGACGAAGUGAGCUCCCAAGAUAAUGCUAAUGUGAAAAAGGAGGAGGGAGAGUUUGAGGAGACUGAAGGGAGCAACAAAAGCACGGCAGUUCUGCUAAGUGAGGAGGAGUUGGCAGACAUCUUGAAGAAAGAAGCACUAGAGGAGCAGGAAGCAGAAGAACCAGUGCUUGAUGGAGGAGAAGAAGUGGAGACGGAUAUAAGCAAGAUGGAGGUCGUGGAGGACGACGAGGCUGAUGUGAAGGAGAGGAAAUUGGACGAAAAACUAGAAAUGGAGGUGACAGAUGAGGAUGAUGAAGAAGAAGAAGAAGAAGAAGAAGAAGUAAAAGAUGAGAGUGUAGAGGACACUGAAAUGCUGGAGAAAGACAAAGCUGAGUUGGAAAAUAUCUCCCUCAAAGAAAAGGAGGAGAGACCUGUCGUAAAAAUGGCAGACAGAGAGGAGCGAGGUUCGUUGCUGGAGGAAACAGAUGGAAGCACAGAGUCAGACAUCUCCGUUGUUCUAGACUAUGCUGCCGAUAGUGGCAUCUUACAACCUCCACGGAUUUCAUCUGCUAAAAUAGAAGCAAAAAAAGAGGGGAGGGGAAUCCGUCACAAAGGGCUGACCAACUUUGCACAAAACAGUGAGGCAGUCGUGAGCGAGAAAGUGUCUAAUGAGGACCAGGCCAAAUCCAACAGUGCUGAUGAAGUAAAUGUGGAUCCUCAAGGAGCAAAGGUCAUUUCAGGGUCCAAACCAGAUUCCGAACUGGCUGCAAAGGAAGAAGAGGAAAGUAAGAAUGACAGCGGAAGUCACACCAAGGGAAAAACAAGGAAGCACAAGAAGAACAGGAGGGCGAGGAAGCACUCUCCGCAGACUGAGGAAACACGGUCCGGAUCGGAACAGAACCAACCGGUUCCUCAGGCGUCUGAGGGCAGCAGUAUUGAUAAUACAGCCCAAAAGGCAAAGAGGAGGAGGGCAGGAAAAUGGGGUCCUUUAGUAGGAAUGAACCCAGUGCAGAUAAGAGCCACAUUGGAUCUCUACCCGAGCUCCAGGGCCCCUCUUGGUGGAGACAUACACAGCUCAGAAGCCCCUGCCGAUCCUUGUAACAACUUUCCCUGCAAACGCGGAAAGACGUGUAAACUUGAUGCGGACGGUAAGCCGAGCUGUGUGUGUCAGGAGCCGUCAGGAUGCCCCCCCGGCGUGAACGAGUUUGAUCACGUCUGCGGAACAGACAACAAAACGUAUGGAACGUCAUGUGAACUCUUUGCUACUAAAUGCAACCUGGAGGGCACUAAGAAAGGACAGAGGCUUCAUCUGGACUACACGGGCCCGUGCAAACUAAUACCUCAAUGUGUGGACACUGAACUGGUCCAGUUCCCUCUACGAAUGAGGGAUUGGCUGAAAAACGUGCUGCUGCAGCUCUAUGAACACGACUCCAUGUUUCCUGGCUUUCUCACACCCAAACAGCGCUUUAGAGUGAAGAAAAUCUUUGAGAGUGAGAGGCGUCUUCAUGCUGGCAAUCACUCUGUUGAGCUGCUGGUGCAGGACUUUGAGAAGAACUACAACAUGUACAUCUACCCAGUGCACUGGCAGUUUGCACAACUGGACCAACACCCUUCUGACAGAAUCUUGUCCCACUCGGAGCUGGCCCCCCUCCGAGUCCCCCUGGUGCCGAUGGAGCACUGCACCUCCCGCUUCUUUCAAGAGUGCAACGCUGACAAGGACAAGCAGGUGUCCUUUAAAGAGUGGACUUCCUGUUUCGGUAUCAAUAAUGAUGAUAUGGACAGCAACCUGCUAUUCUGAGGUUCUGUUUUUGACCUCCAUCGACUACAUAAGCAGCUUGAGAUGGUUCAGCAUGGUAUUGGUGCAGCCUAAAGACUCCAUGACCCUCAUAACAAGCACAAGAAACUCAUUUUUACUUCCUUCUAUCGAGAGCAAGUGUUGUUGGUCAGUGCUGUUAUUUUGUGUCAGGCUCAGCUUUGGUAUUGUAUUUAACUAAGCUGCUAGCCUUAUUUUAUUAGAAUACAAUAAAGCGUUAUGUUUAGCUGGUAAUUUUUUAACUGUUUCUUAAUGGAUUCCAAACUGGGCAUUCAUCAGCUAAUUAAUAGCAAAGUUAAAGUACAUAGUAAAACACUUUAAAGGAACUGUUGUUUUAUGGAGAGAUUUAGUAAAGAAAUACUCUUUAAAUGAAGGUGAAGUAUCUUUUUACA